AUUUACUCUAAAGAGGCAGGUCGAACGGGACCGUAGUUUACUGGGCAACGAGGCUGGCUGUGAGCUUGCAAUGAAACUGCGGUAAACAAACUCACCGGUGCAGAGUGGUUUUAAUUCAUAAACUGGCAGGAUGGUGGCGCUGUCUCUGAAGAUCUGUGUGAGACAGUGUAAUGUGGUGAAGACUAUGCAGUUUGAGCCAUCAACGGCUGUGUACGACGCAUGCCGGGUCAUUAGAGAGCGGGUUCCAGAAGCCCAGAUAGGACAAGCAUCAGAAUAUGGACUGUUUCUGUCAGACGAGGACCCCAGGAAAGGGAUCUGGCUGGAAGCAGGCCGGACGCUGGAUUAUUACAUGCUUAGAAAUGGGGAUAUACUGGAGUAUAAGAAAAAACAGAGACCACAGAAGAUAAAAAUGCUGGAUGGAGCAGUGAAAACUAUUAUGGUGGAUGAUUCCAAAACUGUGGGAGAACUGCUUGUCACUAUCUGCAGUAGAAUAGGAAUCACAAAUUAUGAAGAGUACUCUCUCAUUCAGGAGGUGGUGGAGGAGAAGAAAGAAGAAGGGACGGGCACACUGAAGAAAGACCGAACUCUGCUGAGAGAGGAGAGGAAGAUGGAGAAGCUCAAAGCGAAACUACACACAGAUGAUGACUUGAAUUGGUUGGAUCAUGGGCGUACAUUCAGAGAACAGGGAGUUGAGGAGAGCGAAACUCUGCUGUUGAGACGAAAGUUCUUCUACUCCGAUCAAAACGUGGACUCGCGAGAUCCUGUGCAGCUCAAUUUGCUCUACGUGCAGGCACGUGAUGACAUAUUGAAUGGUUCUCAUCCAGUAUCGUUUGAAAAGGCUUGUGAAUUUGGUGGCAUUCAAGCACAGAUCCAGUUUGGGCCUCAUAUAGAACAUAAACACAAGUCUGGAUUUCUGGAUUUGAAGGAGUUCUUGCCUAAAGAGUACAUCAAACAGAGAGGCGCAGAGAAGAAAAUCUUUCAGGAGCAUAAAGCUUGUGGUGAAAUGACAGAGAUCGAAGCUAAAGUGAAGUAUGUGAAGCUUGCAAGAUCUCUCAGAACAUAUGGAGUGUCUUUCUUCUUAGUGAAGGAGAAAAUGAAAAGCAAGAAUAAGCUCGUCCUGAGGCUGCUAGGCAUAACCAAAGAAUCGGUGAUGCGAGUGGAUGAGAAAACCAAAGAUGUCAUUCAGGAGUGGCCGCUUACUACAGUGAAGAGAUGGGCUGCCUCACCUAAAAGCUUUACACUGGAUUUUGGGGAGUAUCAGGAGAGCUACUACUCCGUGCAGACCACAGAGGGUGAACAGAUAUCUCAUCUGAUCGCUGGUUACAUCGACAUCAUCCUUAAGAAGAAACAAAGCAAGGACCGUUUUGGCUUGGAGGGAGAUGAAGAGGCCACAAUGUUAGAGGAAUCAGUAUCUCCAAAAAAAUCUACUAUAUUGCAGCAGCAGUUUAACCAUGUUGGACGGGUAGAGCAUGGCUCAGUGGCACUGCCUGGAAUCUUGAGGUCAGGGUCUGUUGGCCCAGAAACACUGAACAUGGGUACCAUGCCUUCUCCACAGCAACAAAUCACUAUUGGACAGAUGCAUCUUGGACAUAUGCCACCACUGAGUGCAGCCCAACAAGCACUAGUGGGCACCAUUAAUAGCAGUAUGCAAGCAGUGCAGCAGGCUCAGUUAGACCUGGAGGUGGUGGAAGAGCUGCCACCACUUGGAGAUGAUAUGGCUUCUAAAAUGUGGAUUCAAAACAAGAUGGAUGAGUCCAAGCAUGAUAUUCACUCUCAGGUGGAUGCCAUUACAGCAGGAACUGCCUCUGUGGUCAAUCUUACUGCUGGUGACCCAACAGACACUGAUUAUUCCGCUGUUGGGUGUGCAAUCACCACAAUCUCCUCUAAUCUGACGGAGAUGUCAAAGGGAGUGAAAUUACUGGCUGCACUUAUGGAAGAUGAUGUAGGCAGUGGACAGGAUCUCAUGAAGGCUGCCAGAACUCUCACUGGAGCCGUGUCUGAUCUGCUCAAAGCUGUGGAGCCUACAUCAGGAGAGCCACGACAGACGGUUCUGACUGCAGCUGGUAGUAUCGGUCAAGCCAGCGGAGAUCUGCUCCGACAGAUUGGAGAGAAUGAAACCGAUGAGCGCUUCCAGGAUGUGCUGAUGAAUCUGGCUAAAGCUGUGGCUAAUGCAGCAGCCAUGAUGGUUCUGAAGGCUAAGAAUGUUGCACAGGUGUCUGAAGAUACCGUCCUGCAGAACAGGGUUAUUGCUGCUGCAACUCAGUGUGCCCUCUCCACUUCACAACUUGUGGCCUGUGCCAAGGUUGUUAGCCCUACCAUCAGUUCCCCCGUGUGUCAGGAGCAGCUGAUUGAGGCAGGAAAGCUAGUGAAUCGUUCAGUAGAGGGUUGUGUGCAGGCCUGCCUGUCAGCCACCACUGAUGGAGAACUGCUGAAGGCUGUUAGCGCAGCAGCUGGUAUCGUCACACAGGCUCUCAGUGACCUCCUCACUCACGUGAGGAACUACGCCUCACGCGGGGAGCCUAUCGGACGCUACGACCAGGCCACCGACACCAUUAUGAUAGUUACAGAGAGUAUUUUCAGCUCCAUGGGUGAUGCUGGUGAGAUGGUUCGACAGGCUCGUGUUCUUGCCCAGGCAACCUCUGACCUGGUCAAUGCAAUGAGAUCAGAUGCUGAGGUGGAGGUGGAUGUGAACAAUUCCAAAAAGCUUCUUGCUGCUGCCAAACUGCUUGCAGAUGCCACUGCACGAAUGGUUGAGGCUGCAAAGGGAGCUGCAGCUUUCCCUGAGAAUGAGGACCAGCAGCAGAAGCUGCGAGAGGCUGCAGAGGGACUGCGUGUGGCCACUAAUGCAGCUGCACAGAAGGCCAUCAAGAAAAAACUCAUCACAAGGCUCGAGAAUGCUGCUAAACAAGCUGCAGCUGCUGCCACUCAAACCAUUGCUGCAUCCCAGAAUGCAGCACCCUCGAACAAGAACACUGCCGCCCACCAACAACUUGUUCAGAGCUGCAAGGCCGUAGCUGACCAUAUCCCUCAGCUGGUGCAGGGAGUGAGGGGUAGUCAAGGGCAGCCGGAGGAUGGUAGUGCCCAGCUUGCCCUCAUCAUUGCCAGUGAGAACUUCCUUCAGCCUGGUAGUAAGAUGGUGGCGUCUGCAAAGUCCUCGGUGCCCACAGUGACAGACCAGGCGGCAGCCAUGCAGCUGGGACAGUGUGCUAAGAACCUGGCCACCAGCCUUGCAGAGCUUCGCACUGCUGCACAGAAGGCGCAUGAGGCAUGUGGCCCCAUGGAGAUAGACUCGGCCCGCAUAGCAGUACAGACACUUAAGAAUGAACUUCAGGAUGCUAAAAUGGCUGCGACUGAUGGACAGCUGAAACCCCUGCCUGGAGAAUCGUUGGAAAAGUGCACUCAGGACCUGGGAGGUUCUUCUAAGGCUGUUGGUUCCUCCAUGGCCCAGCUGCUCACCUGUGCUGCACAGGGGAAUGAGCAUUAUACAGGUGUUGCUGCUAGCGAAACAGCACAGGCUCUGAAGACUUUAGCACAGGCCGCAAGGGGAGUUGCUGCCACCACAUCAGACCCUGCUGGAGCUGCAGCCAUGCUGGACUCUGCACGUGAGGUUAUGGAAGGAUCAGCCAAAUUGAUUUCAGAAGCCAAGGAGGUGCUGAUUGCCCCUGGAGAUGCAGAGAUACAACAGAGGCUAGCACAGGUAGCGAAGGCUGUGUCCCACUCAUUAAACGCAUGUGUGAACUGUCUACCUGGCCAAAAGGAUGUUGAUAUGGCUCUGAAAAGCAUCGGAGAGGCCAGCAAAAAACUGCUGGUAGAGACGCUCCCUCCUUGCAGUAAAAGCUUUCAGGAGGCUCAGAGUGACCUGAACCAGACCGCAGCUGAUCUGAACCAGUCUGCAGGUGAUGUGGUCAAUGCCUCUAGAGGAACCACGUGUCAGCUUGCAGAUGCAUCUGGAAAGUUCAGUGAGGACUUUGAUGAGUUUCUGGAUGCUGGCAUUGAGAUGGCUGGUCACACUCAGAGUAAGGAUGAUCAGAUGCAUGUGAUUGGAAAUUUGAAAAACAUCUCCAUGGCCUCCAGUAAGCUGCUGUUGGCUGCAAAGUCUUUAUCUGUGGAUCCUGCAGCAGGCAAUGCAAAAAAUCUGCUCGCUGCUGCUGCCAGGACUGUGACUGACAGCAUCAACCAAUUGAUUACCAUUUGUACUCAAAAUGCCCCAGGACAGAGGGAAUGUGACAAUGCUCUGAGAGAGCUCGAGGCUGUUAGGGGACUGCUGAAUAACUCGAACGAGCCAGUCAAUGAUCUCUCCUACUUUGACUGCAUUGAAAGUGUCAUGGAGAACUCUAAGGUCCUUGGUGAGUCUAUGGCUGGCAUCUCCCAUUACUGUAAGACGGGAGAUGUUCCAGCGUUUGGAGACUGUGUGGCUGGAGCCUCUAAAGCUCUGUGUGGGUUGACUGAAGCAGCUGGACAGGCCUCUUACCUAGUGGGUGUGUCUGACCCCAACAGCCAAGCUGGACAUCCAGGCUUGGUGGAUCCCAUUCAGUUUGCUCGAGCUAAUCAGGCAAUCCAGAUGGCUUGCCAAAAUCUUGUUGACCCAGAUAGUAGUCCUUCACAGGUACUCUCUGCUGCCACAAUUGUUGCCAAGCACACCUCAGCAUUGUGUAAUGCCUGCCGACUGGCCUCCUCUAAGACUGCUAACCCUGUAGCGAAACGCCAUUUUGUGCAGUCAGCCAAAGAAGUGGCCAACAGCACAGCCAUCCUGGUCAAAACCAUCAAGGCUUUGGACGGAGAUUUCUCAGAGGAGAAUCGUGAGAAAUGUCAUGUUGCAACUGCACCGCUCAUCGAAGCUGUUGACAAUCUGACCACCUUUGCCUCAAAUCCAGAGUUUGCUAGUGUGCCUGCGCAGAUAAGUAGAGAGGGUUCUGCUGCACAGGAGCCAAUCAUUCAAUCAGCACUCUCCAUGCUUGACAGCUCCACCCACCUUUUGAAGACAGCGCGGUCAUUAGUUAUGAACCCUAAAGAUCCGCCCACGUGGUCAUUACUGGCAGGUCAUUCACGCACUGUGUCGGACUCCAUCAAGAGCCUCAUCACUGCUAUCAGGGAUAAAGCUCCUGGACAGAAGGAAUGCGACUCAGCCAUUGAUGAUAUCAAUAAAUGCAUAAGGGAUAUUGAGCAAGCCUCUCUUGCAGCUGUUAGCCAAAAUCUUCCACGCAGAGAUGAAAUUUCAUCUGAGGCUUUGCAGGAGCAGUUGACAUCAUCAGUUCAGGAGGUGGGACACCUGAUUGAGCCAAUCUGUACUGCAGCAAAAGGACAAGCAGCACAGCUGGGACAUAAGGUGUCUCAGUUGGUCAGUUACUUUACUCCUCUGGUGUCUGCCUCUAUGGGCAUGGCCUCCAAAAUCUUGGAUCAUCAGCAGCAGAUGAACAUUCUGGAUCAGAGCAAGACUCUUGCUGAGUCUGCACUACAGAUGCUUUAUGCUGCCAAGGAAGGUGGAGGAAACCCAAAAGCUGCUCAUACCCACGAUGCCAUCGCAGAAGCUGCCCAGCUAAUGAGAGAAGCUGUUGAUGAUCUUAUGUUGACUCUGAAUGAAGCUGCCAGUGAGGUUGGCAUGGUCAGUGGCAUGGUGGACUCGAUUGCUGAUGCUAUGGGAAAGUUGGGUGAAGGUACCACACCAGAUCCAGAAGGCUCAUUUGUGGAAUACCAGACCACCAUGGUGAAAUAUUCCAAAGCUAUUGCUGUCAGUGCACAGGAAAUGAUCACUAAAUCAGUGAGUGCUCCAGAGGAGCUGGGUAGUUUGGCUUCUCGGGUCACUGCAGACUACAGUCAGCUUGCAGUGCAGGGACGUCUUGCUGCCGCUACAGCUGAACCAGAGGAGAUCGGGUACCAGAUAAAGACACGUGUGCAGGAGUUGGGCCAUGGCUGCCUCGUGCUUGUUCAGAAGGCUGGAGCGCUGCAGAUUAGUCCACCUGACUCCUUCACAAAGAGAGAGCUCAUUGAGUGUGCACGAGCAGUCACUGAGAAGGUAUCUAUGGUGCUCUCAGCAUUGCAAGCAGGUAACAAGGGCACUCAAGCCUGUAUCACUGCAGCCAGUGCUGUAUCAGGCAUCAUUGCAGACCUGGAUACCACCAUAAUGUUUGCCACUGCUGGCACACUGAACGCAGAGAAUGAUUCAGACUCCUUUGCUGAUCACAGGGAGAAUAUUUUGAAGACAGCCAAAGCUUUGGUGGAGGACACCAAGAACCUUGUUUCAGGUGCAGCAUCAAGUCAAGAGAAACUGGCCCAAGCAGCUCAGUCCUCUGCCAAAACAAUCACACAGCUCACAGAUGUGGUGAAACUGGGAGCGGCAAGCAUAGGCCCGGAUGAUCCAGAAACACAGGUUGUGUUGAUCAAUGCUGUGAAGGACGUUGCUAAAGCUUUAGCUGAGCUCAUUAGCGCCACCAAGUGUGCUUCAGGAAAAACAGCUGAUGACCCCUCCAUAUUCCAGCUCAAGAGUGCGGCCAAGGUUAUGGUGACUAAUGUAACAUCCUUACUAAAAACGGUGAAGGCAGUGGAGGAUGAGGCUUCAAGAGGAACCAGAGCUCUGGAGGCCACUAUUGAGUGUAUCAAACAGGAACUAACAUUGUUCCAGUCUAAAGAAGCCCCUGAAAAAUCAACCUCUCCUGAAGAGUUCAUACGUAUGACAAAGGGCAUCACCACAGCAACCGCCAAAGCUGUUGCAGCCGGAAAUUCUGCCAGACAGGAGGAUGUCAUCUCCACUGCUAACCUCAGCCGCAAGGUCAUUGCAGAUAUGCUGACCACAUGCAAGCAAGCAGCAUAUCAUGAGGAAGUGAGUGAGGAGGUCCACAGAGCUCUGCUGUAUGGCACAGAAUGCAGCAAAGGAUACAUAGAACUAUUAGAACAUGUCCUGCAGGUCUUACAAAAGCCAACAGGUGACCAGAAACAGAAAUUGGCAAUGUUUUCUAAAAAGGUUGCUGCAGCUGUCACUGAACUGAUACAAACAGCUGAGGCCAUGAAAGGUACUGAGUGGGUGGACCCUGAAGAUCCUACAGUGAUCGCAGAAACCGAGUUACUGGGGGCUGCAGCCUCAAUUGAAGCAGCGGCCAAAAAACUUGAGCAGCUCAAACCAAGAGCCAAACCGAAGCAAGCUGAUGAGAGUUUGGACUUUGAAGAGCAGAUUCUUGAAGCAGCAAAAUCUAUUGCUGCAGCGACCAGUGCCCUGGUGAAAUCGGCCUCGGCAGCUCAGAGAGAACUUGUUGCACAGGGCAAGGUGGGUGCCAUCCCUGCCAAUGCUGUGGAUGAUGGACAGUGGUCCCAAGGACUGAUAUCAGCCGCACGCAUGGUUGCUGCAGCCACCAGUAACCUCUGUGAGGCAGCAAAUGCAUCUGUCCAAGGUCAUGCCAGUGAAGAAAAGCUCAUUUCUUCUGCAAAACAGGUGGCUGCUUCCACUGCACAGCUGCUGGUGGCAUGCAAGGUUAAAGCUGAUCAGGAUUCAGAGCCCAUGAGGAGGCUACAGGCUGCAGGCAAUGCUGUGAAGCGUGCCUCUGACAGUCUGGUUAGAGCAGCCCAGAAAGCUGCUUUUAACAAGGCUGACGAUGACAAUGUGGUGGUCAAGACUAGGUUUGUGGGUGGAAUUGCUCAGAUUAUUGCUGCUCAGGAGGAGAUGUUGAGAAAGGAAAGGGAGCUGGAAGAGGCCCGUAAGAAGCUGGCACAAAUCAGACAACAGCAGUACAAGUUUCUGCCAAGUGAACUUCGAGAGGAUGAGGACUAAGCAUUAUAAAUCUUGACUUCCCCCUAUUAAUGAGAACCAAUUGUCCACCUUUGAAUUGAGUCUUCAUUCUUCAGUUGAGUCUCUGCAACACCUGCUGAACCAAUGAAGAGUUUGAACACUGAAACAGUUCUCUGUGGGGGCUAGAGUCGUCUGGAUUGUGAAUUUUUAAAUGUGUAAACUCUUGAAGAACACGCUGUUUGAAACGACGAUCGUAUCAUCUCAUUUACCGUGAAAGUGUUCUGCUCAUGUGUCCACCACACUUUCAUAAAGAAGCUUUGAAUUUCUGGCAUGAUUCUGAACUUGUGAAUGGUUGCAUGAAGUUUUUGGAAGCACAGUACUGAUCUUGCACCACAGCAGGGAUUACACUUGUUCGAUUGGUUUGUGGAGCAGACUAAAUGAAGAUGAGAUGGGCAUUUUGUUCCAUCUUUAUAAUUAAAGAGAAGAAUUUACAUUAUUGAUGUUUCAAACUAGCUGUAGACUUAGGUGAUAGUGUACUCAUGUAAGUCAAGAAGAAACAGCCUUUUAAAGUUCUCCAGUCAAAUGUUUAACCUUUUUAAAUUUGUGAGGGUGAAAUACAUUUUAUGCUUCACUUUUAUUGCUCUGAAGUUCACAAGGUAUGCAAAUAAAAUAAGAAUGUAUAAUGUGCAAUGUAAUUUAAAAACUUAAAUUGCAUCUUCAAAAUUGAAUUUCUUGAUGCUGCCCACAGGCAGUAAUGAGUGGAUACAGUGAUUCAUGUGAACCAUUUAGAAUAAUUAUAUCCAUAUACCACUAGCAAAACCUUUCUACUGGAGUUAGUCCCAAAUACUGAAUGUAUGUUUUUAAAUCAAAUAAAAUGACUCAUGUUUGUCAUGUUGAGGACAUGUACGAUGUAAAAGGACAGGGCUGAAUGUGUUGCACUUCACUUUAUUGAAAGGAAUAUUCAGGCUUUAAUACAAGUUAAGGACUGUAGACUUAAUUUGUGGCGUAAUGUUGAUUUUAACACAAAAACUAUACUUUUUCUUAAAAAAAAAAAACAUCUAUGUUGGAGUGAGGCACUUACAAUGGAAGUGAAAGGAGCCAAUUUGUACACCUUAAAAUACUAAAAACGGCUGUUUAAACAACUUCACAGCUCAAAUAAUGAAGUUUUAACAGAAGAAUUAAUUUUAUUAUAUAUAAAGUGCUUUAUAACAUUUUAAGAUUCGCAUUUCUGCCUUUAAACCCUCCAACAAUGUCCAAUGUAAUUGCCUAACUUUGAUUUUAGCUUGAUUUAAAGAAACGGAUGAAUCAAAUUAUUAUUAUCUAUUUGUAGUAAUCAACAUUAUGCCAUAAAUGCUGCUGAUUAAACCUAACUUGUAUUGAACCUGGAAUCUAACUGUUAAAGGCCGACACUGUACCUAUCAUUGAUAAUUUUAAGAGUAUCUUCUCGUAAACUAAAACAACGAGCCAUCACAAUCUUUUUAUUAGAGUAGUACCGUUUAUAUCUGUUUGGAAAUGUUUCUGCCUCUUUAUCUUUGUUACAUCCUCUAUCUCUCUCCUUAUGAUGGUGCUUUUUAUAACCAGUGAAUUUGUUAAUGAUUUAAUGCUUGUUUGACUGUUACUGCUUUUUAGCCUUAUUCUUUAGUAUCAUACAGUAACCGAUGAUCAAAAUUUUCUCCUUAGCUUUAAUGGUCAUAUGGCAACAAUGGAGCUCUAGGGGCUGGUCAAUCCAGUUUUUGUGUCUGUUUGCCUUGUUUUUCAAUGUUUACCUUAAUUGUUUUCUGUGUAGACGAGUGUCUUUGACCAUUGUGCUGUCUUGCUAUUUUUUCAGCACCUUGCACAGGAGAUUCAUGUUUUUAGAGGCCGUAUUAAGUUUAAAAUAUCUUUUAAAAACGUGUUCUUCCAUUUAUUUGACUGCAUCUCAUUUUUUUUAAGCACAAGAACGCGUUUGAUCUGAAUGGCCCCUUGCUCUGUAUUUAUUCAGCAAUGUGUUGCCUUGAAACAAUAUCCUUGCUAUUAACCUUUUUGGCUUUAUGUGCAUCAGUUUCAGUGCCUUAGUUUAACACUGUCAAAGGAAUGUUUCAAUUCUCUACCUGUAGAAGACAAGAUCUGAUGUUUAUAUUCUGGCUUGCACAUGCAUUUCCUGGUAUGUAUGGAAGCUGGCUUGCUGCUAAUCUUUGACUACCUUUUUGCUCUGUGAUGCUUUAGAGCUGGAAGGGUAGCUGGGCUUACAGUGAAAGGUCAUUGUUUACCUCUAGUGUUCUCAGUAGGUUUUCAUUAAGUGGCCUAUGAAACUCUCACUUUAAAUGUAUCUCUCUUACAUUCAGCAGUGCCCCCCUUUAGCUAUAGAUCUGUCUAGAAUAGAUCCUGUCUGUCAGCUACAUGUUGCUGUAAAUGUACUUUGCUUAUUUACAAAUAUAUGACUAUGUACAUUACCGUUCAAAAGUUUGGGGUCACUUGCCUGAAAUGUUUCUCAUGAACUUCUUUUUAUCUGAAGGUCUAUGCUUAAAUGUUUGCAACUAGUUUUAUAGACAAAAAUAUUAUUGUGCCAACAUAAUAAUUGAAUUAAUUACAAAACUAACAUUUUAUAAAAAUAAAAACAUUUAUGUCUUGGACUGAAUAAUUCAGAAAAGCAGCAAAUAAGUGAAGUUGGUUGAGAAAAUGUCAAGAGUGCACGUCUGCAAAUUCUAGGCAAAGGGUGCUUUGCUGCCUUUGAAGAUGUUAAAAUAUAACACAGUUUUGAUUUCUUUUGGAUUAUUUUGUUUAGUCACAUCAUAAUUCCCAUAGUUCCAUUUAUGUUAUUCCAUAGUUUUUAUGACUUAACUAUUAUUCUAAAAUGUGAAAAAUAAAAAAAUUAAGAAUGAGUAAGUGACCCUAAACUUUUGAACGGAAGUGUAUGUUGAGACAAUUUUUGUGCUGCAUUUCUUAUGCAUGCUCCAUAACCUCAGUCCAUCUUCUGAUAGCAGAGAUGCAGAAUAAACAGUGUCUGGUCAGCCAUGUCCUCCGGCAUUGGGUAAAUGACUAUCAGAAGAGUCUCAAAUAUUUAGACGUUGCUGAAGGAAGUGUACGUCACUGAUUCUACCAUUUUGGGACUCUACCAUUUACUGGAAAUGAAAACUGAUUGACUUGUUUGUGGGUGUGUCUUUAAUUUUAACUUUGAAGAAUUGCCUUUAAGAGCAUUGCAAUAGACUUGAAGUGAUGUAUGUUAAGCAUCUGCCCAUAGGAAAAAAUUUAACUAAAAAUAAAGGGUUUUAAAUUACAUUCACUUCAUACGAUGAAAUGUUUCUUGUGCCAUGCAUGAACAUGAAUAGGCAAGCUAUGUAAGAAACUGUAUGGUGUGUAAAGAAUUGCUGAUGGUUUUACCAUUUUAGAAUUAGAAUUGCAAUUGUUUUACUAUUUCGUUUUUUAAAGCGUUCCCUAUAUUGCUGGACACUCAUUAACAUGUUAUUUAUUCUGUACUUCGAUUCAAUCAAGUUAAAGUACAUUAUAAAAACACAAGGGCAUAAUGUGCCUGUAACAUUCCAUAUUUCUGCUUAAUCAUUUUGAAAGUUUAUCUGUUUAAAGGUUCAUACAAUUUAAAACAAAAACUUUUAACAUGUAAAAAGACAAUAGGGGAGCAUACUGGUAAUCUGGUUUUCAUUAAAGAAAAGUCACUACCAAGACACCUUUUCCAGGUUCAGAUAUGAACCAUCAGAUAUGCAACCUAACUGUUGCUCGGAACUGCACACAAGAAUUUCACCUACUGUUGCACUUGUGUACAUGGUAGUGUGACAAUAAAGUGAUUUCAUUUGAUUUGAUUUAGAACAUCUUAGUACGCAAAUAUGAUAAAUACAGUAGUGUCUACAAAGAGACUAUCAAAGAAUAAAGCUUUCUUCUAGUCUGCUCAAUUCCUAUCAUUUUAAUGUUAGAACAGAAUUCAUUAAGCUUAUGCCCCACAAUUAACAAUCAAUGAAAGUAAGUAUUUUGGAAACUUAUUUGCUGAUAUAAAACUCAUGGAAAAUGCUUAAAAUAGGCUAAAUUAGGCCUCCUCCUAUGUACCAAUUCUGUUUCCCCUCUUUCCCAUGUAGCAAGGCAUUUAUAAAGUAAAUGAUUUAGAAACAUUUUAAUAAGGUACAUGCAUUUCUGCUCAGUAUAUGUUAGAGUUUUGUUAGACACAAACAUGAUCUUGUUUUUUUUUUUUUAAAUAAUGUAUGUCUACAGUAUACGUCCUGCAAAUCCCUCCUCUGCUGCUUUGCUGUUACUUUAAGACUGGAGUUGGAUUUUCUCUAAGAUUGUGAAUUGAAGUGGAGUAAGUUGGUUGUAGAUCAACUGAAACUAAGUUCAGGGGGAGGGGCAGUACUGAGGUGGUAUGUCUUAGUCAGCAUGAGGCUGUUGGACUAUAUUGGGAGGGAGCACAGAGUCAGGGGGUGCUAAUUUAAGGGAGGUGGUCAUAGCAUGUUUAAAGAUUUACAGUUGUUACAAUUAGAGUUACUAUUGCUCAGAAAUGAGGUAAUGGUAGAUGUUUUUAGAAAGAAGGUAUAGAGUAUGUGAGUUCAAUAGCUGAGUAUGGGAGAGAGGGGAAGAUGACUAUAGAAAGAAAAUAAAGCAGACCUGUGAACAAGGUGGGGCAUGAAAAUUAGAAUAUUUGUACUUUAAAAAAAAAUUGUAUAUACACAUGUAGCUGAGCGGGUAACAAUUUUUUUAAUUUGUUUAAAUGUAGUCUCUCUCUGUGAGAAGUGAAUGCAUAGUUUUUAGUCAAUGCAUUGUUUAUAGUCAAAUGUUGUAUAAAUGUGUGUGCAUGCACAUGUGCUGUGCCAACUGUGCAUAACAUAAUGGAGUUCAUUGCUGAUUAUUAUAAUGGCAUCUCUGCCUGGUUUUGCACAUACUUUUUUAUUUGAUCUCAAUAAACAGAAUAUCUACUGAUGUAUCUGAACAUCUGAAAUGUCAUUGUUUACA